AUGUCCUGGAAGGCUGUGCUGCUGGUGCUGUGUUGCCACGCUCAGGUGGCCGCUGGCCACAGGUGGAACAGAGCUGUGCUGUUCCCUGCUGCCCACCGGCCAAAAAGGUCCUCGUCCCUCCCACUGAACCCCGUCCUGCAGACCUCCCUGGAGGAGGUGGAAUUGCUCUAUGAGUUCCUCCUCUCUGAACUUGAAAUCAGCCCCGACCUGGAGAUCUCCAUCAAAGACGAGGAGCUCCUCUCCUUGAGGAAAGGUGCUGACUUCCGCUCCGUCUGCAACGAUGUGAUCCCCAAGCGCAUCCCAGACAUCCGUCGGCUGAGUGCCAGCCUCUCCAGCAACCCAGGCAUCCUCAAGAAGGAAGACUUUGAAAGGACGGUACUCACCCUGGCCUACACGGCCUAUCGCACGGCCCUGGCCCAAGGGCAUCAGAAGGACAUCUGGGCACAGGCUCUUCGUAGCCUCUUUCAGGCCCUGAGGCAUGAUCUGAUGCGGUCCUCAGGCCCCAAAAUGUCGCUCUGA